UAUGACUGUCCCCCCUCUAAGUGGGGUGCCUGGGAGUGGGGGCAUGGCCGACCUCCACAAACCCUGUGCCCACAGUGGCCCUACUGCCGCAAGCGCUGCUCCUACUGCAACUUCAACACGUACGUGGUGCCAGCGGUGGAUGAGGUGGCCAUGCGUGCCUGCCUGGUGCGGGAGGCACAGACCCUGCUCCGCCUCAGCCAGGUGCACAGCAUCACCUCUGUGUUCUUCGGCGGGGGCACCCCCAGCCUGGCCAGCCCUGGCACCAUCGCAGCGGUGCUGGAGGCCGUGGCGGGGGCUGCCCAUCUGCCCGCCAGUGCUGAGGUCACGCUGGAGGCCAACCCCAGCUCCACGGACACAUCUCGCCUCGCUGGCUUCAGGGCAGCUGGCGUCAACCGCCUCUCCAUCGGCGUCCAGUCGCUGGACGACGCCGAGCUGCGGCUGCUGGGCCGGGAGCACACGGCGGCGGAGGCACGGAAGGCCGUGGAGGCAGCGCGGGGGCUCUUCCCCGGCCGCACCUCCAUCGACCUCAUGUUCGGCCUGCCGGGGCAGAGCAGGGACGCCUGGGCCCAGCGGCUGGAGGCAGCGCUGGAGCUCUGUGACGACCACAUCUCCCUGUACCAGCUGACACUGGAGCGGGGCACGGCGCUGGCGACACAGGUCCGGGGGGGAAAACUGCCCUUGCCCCCCCAGGACCUGCUGGCCGACAUGUACCAGACAGCUCGCACUGUGCUGGUGGCUGCUGGCUUCCGCCACUACGAGGUCUCCAAUUUUGCACGCAAGGGCGCCCUCAGCAACCACAACCUCUCGUACUGGCGGGCUGACCAGUACAUCGGUGUGGGGCCAGGAGCUCACGGGCGCUUCGUGCCAAAGGGUGAGGAUGGCUGCAGCCGGGAAGCCUGUGUCCAGACACCAGAGCCUGUUGCCUGGAUGCAGGAAGUGCGGCGCCAGGGACACGGCACCAGGAGUCGGGUGGUGCUGAGCGCCCUGGAGCAGCUGGAGGAACUGCUCACCUUGGGACUACGCAUUGAUGAGGGCGUCACACAUGAGCGGCCUGCGGUGCACCUGGGCCGGCCUGGCCGUGCUGGACUCGCUGCUGCCAGACCUGCUGUGCCAGCUCCAGAGGCGCUGGGCGCUGCCCGGUGCCCACCGAGGGGGAACCCAGCAGGGGACGGACACGGGGGAUGGACACGGUGGCCAGAAUGUGGGGGCUGCAAGAAGGAAAAGACCUCUGGAAGGCUCAGUACAGCAGUUUCAGAAGAGCCUGAGCCUGAGCCUGAGCCUGGUUCAUAUGUUCUGCAAGGAGAGGAUAUUCAGGCACUUGCAAUUAAGGUGGAGGACCUGGAGAAACUUCAUGCUCCACGCCUUCCCCAUGAUGCUGGGAGAGUUCCAGUUAGGAAGAAUUACCUCGUUCGAAAAUACCAACCCAAGGAGGUGACACAUCUUGUAGCAUGUCCUGCUUCCCCCAAGGCACCCAGGCAACCACUGGUUUUUCCUGGACCUAAAGAGUUUGCUGAUGGCUGUGAAGAGAUUCUCCCUCAUCACAUUUUGGGAAGUGUUCAGGAGUUUAAGAUGGAAGCCUGGGCCAGAAGAAGCGCUCGGACAGCAGAUGUUACUGAGGUUCCUCGUCCGCAUGUUACUGCAGCAGCCUUAAAAGAGAAACAUGGAGGAGAGAAGAAGAAAAAGGCUCCUCAGGCCCAACUAGCAGGGCACAAAGCUCUCCAGAACUGGAGCCAUCAUAUGGCAAUCAGGAAAAAGCAGGAGAAACACCUAGGAGAAAUACUUCGGAAGCCAGAGAAUGAAUUGAUGAUGAACAUCGCGGAGAAUUACAGGCAAGUCAUGGAAGAAAGUGACCUCAUUGACCGGAGUCUCCCCUACCUCCAUCCUGGAAAGGGAUUCCGAGUAGGAAGCGAGUUCUGGAGCCAGCCCGACCGUAUUGGAGAUGAACUCACCGGCCUGAUGCUGACACUGACUCGGACAGAACAUGGGGACCGAGAGCCAAUCACUCAUGUGGGCAAACCCCGCACUGUCCAGAAGGAAACGGCUCUGAAGCCCCCGACGAAGAUUCCUUGCCAUCUAACCUGGGAUAAGAGUCUUUUCCUGAAACAUCGUCGUCAGGAGCUGAAAUCUAUCCUGGAGGAGAUGGGUUUUUAUAAGCCGGAUCUGGAAGGACUGGAGGUGAUUGGUAAAGGGCAACCGUUCACGUCUGUCUCAGCAGAGGCUUCUCCAUGUUCCGGCCCUUCUGAAGAGAUUAACAGUGACUCCUGCAAUGUGGUUCCAGAAGAAGAAAAGCGUCUAUCUUUAGUUUUCUGUGGCCAGCCUGCUCGUUGGAUCAAGGGCAUGACUUCUUCUGGGAAUGAAAUUGGCGUUGCUGCCCGGCUCACCUUUGAGACUCUGGCUGGUGAGGAGGCCGAAAGCUUCCUGACGGUGAGCAAUGAUGGCACAGCUGCCAUCUGGUACAGCUGGAUGAGGCUUCCCCAGCAUAUUCCCUCCAGAGAAACCAAGGGGAGGAGGAUGCCAUGUUUUUACUUUGAUACCAGACCAGGUGUAAUUUUGCCUGGAGAAACUCUGAGGUUUUCCUUUCUUUUCAAGUCAAGGAGAGCAGGCAUUUUCAGCGAGCCCUGGGAAUUUAGGACACAUCCUCUGUUAUUAGGAGGAGCUCUGCUGCAGGUGACCCUUUGGGGAAUUGCUGUGUAUGAGGAUAAAUUGGCUGACUUCAGAGAGAAACUGGAGAGUGACCUGGCUGCUCGAGAAGGUGCUGCUAUAGUCAAAGACAGUCUCAAUGAACUCCUCGACCAAGUUCGGACCCCAGAGCGCACCCCAUCUCCUGUGGAUGCCUAUGCCACCGAGGAAGAGUUGUUCCACAGGAAGAAUCCCGGGUUUUAUUAUCAGUAUCAAGUGGUGAAGCAGCUGCAUGAACUGUGGAGACAGUACAUGACUGUGCCUUCAGCCUUUGAGGAGAAAGUUCCCUCGGACCAGAGGAGCACUGCAGAGGAGGACACAGAGUAUGAGGAGAGCACUGUGGAGCCUCUCCCUGCUCAGAGCAGCACCAUGGAGCUCCCAGCUGGGAAGAACUCACUAGAGGAGGCUCCGAGGCGAAAGAGGAGCAUUGAGGAGGAAGAAGCAGGCCCGUCAGGAUGGAACCUUUCCCUUGAGGACUUUAAACAGGCCAUAAUGUCAAUCCCCAGGGAGGAACAGCGGGAAGAAGCACUGACCCAGCUCAAUAAGGCAGCUCUGGAGCUUUGUGUUGAACAGAGGCCAGCUCAGUCAGACCUUCUGUAUCCCCUCUGCCUCCAGCUGUUGCGGGGAGCAAUUGAUGAUAUGGUGAGUCACGCUCUGAGGCUGAGAUCCCUGUAUGGCUUGCUUAACACAGACACCUAUGCAGAUGGUGUUCCAGAGGAAACAGAGGAAGUAAAGCAAGGAGGAGAAAAAAAGGAAGGAAAGGAAGACAAGAUAGCUACUAAGAAAGAAGAGAAAAAGGAUAAAGAAGGCAAAAAAAGUAGAGCAACAUCAGGGAAAGAGAAAGCGGAACAUCCAGGCAGCAGAAAGAUGAAAGUGAAAGAUGAGAAGCGGUCAUCUUCCAUUGCAUCAGUGAAGGUGAAAGAGGGAGCAGAGCCCCCAAAAGUAAAAGAUGAGAAGCGGGUAUCUGCCGCUUCAUCACUGAAGGAGAAAGAGGGAGCUGUAACUGCAGAGGGAGUAGAACCUCCUCAAGAGCAGGUGGACUCUGUUUCAUUUGGAAUAUACCAGGAAAAACUCUAUAUUGAAGUUUACAAGCUGCUGGAUUCAAUGGUGAGUGAAAUGGUGUCUUUAUUUGAGGAUCUAAAGCAAUAACAUGCUCUGCAGUGGGAGAGCUGAAACCCUUUGCAUGUAGAAAUAGACUUGCUUUAAAAAAAAUAAAUAACUGUAUUUACACAGA